AUGUGUACGUUGGUUGUGAUGUAUACAUUGAUCGCAAACGAACAACAGUCUGCCAACAGUGGAGUGUUUGGACGAAGGGUAGUUGUGGAAAAGUCACCGAACAACAGACGUGCUGAUGAGCUCUGA